CUGUGCAAGUACACUAAGUAGAAAUUGAAGGAGGAAGGGGAGUGACACUAAAAGAAACCAUCACAUUGCCCAAUUAUGUGGCCAGAACCGACACUCAUGUUUUAGAUCCUUCAACUGGAAAACUGCGAGAUGGAAUUUGAACUCUUCUCAGCUGUGAAGUGAAAUCACAGUAGCCAGACUGUCCAGUGUCGCAAUGGAUGUGGAAGGGGCAAAUGCGAACGCUGGCAUAUCCCAGAGAUCAGAAAGCCAGCCUCAUCCAACAUACCUACCUAAUCUACUGAUGGGAGAUUUUGUUUCUGACUGGUCUCCUUUGCACGAUGCUUCCAUUCAUGGGCGGCUGCUUGCUCUGAAGAAACUCAUCCAUCAGGGAAGUAGUGUGAAUCUUGUGACAGCAGAUUGUGUGUCUCCUCUCCACGAAGCUUGCUUAGGGGGACAUUCUGCCUGUGCCAGUGUCUUGUUAAAACACGGGGCCAAUGUGAACAUGGCUACCAUUGACUGGAACACCCCUUUGUUCAAUGCUUGUGUCAGUGGCAGUGUAGACUGCUUGAACCUGUUACUGCAGCAUGGAGCCAGCCCCCAUGCCGUGUGCGAUCUGGCAUCACCUAUCCACGAAGCUGCUAAGCGAGGUCAUACCAAAUGUGUGGAAGCCCUUGUAUCCCACGGAGUCAAUAUUGAUCACAACAUAAAGCAUCUUGGUACUCCACUCUACGUCGCUUGUGAGAGCCAGCAAGAGGACUGCGUCAAAAAAUUACUUGAGUCAGGAGCGAGUGCAAAUACUGGGAAAGGACUGAAUUCCCCUCUCCACGUGGCUGCUCAGACCUCCAAUGCUAACUUAGUGCAUUUACUUAUUGAGUUUGGAGCAGACAUCGGGGCUGUGAAUGCCGAGGGCAAAAAGCCAGCAGACCUGGUUCCUCCAAACAACACGCUAGUGCAGACAUUGCUGCAGAGAGAAGGGCCCUUCUCCUUGAUGCAGUUGUGCCGCCUUUGCAUACGGAAGUCCUUGAGAUGCAAACAGCGACAGAGAAUGAGUGAACUUCUGCUACCAGAUGAGCUGAAACGGUUUCUGUUGUACCUUUAAGUGUUUUGUUUUGCCUGAUGGGUUAUUAAAGUGUUGUUUCUUAUCCAGG